CUUUAUUCUGUUAAUUUAAAAGCUUGAAAUGCCCCCUUUGACCUCUUUAACAAUGCGUGACUGCACUCUCAACUGGUGCUCAACAUUGUAAACAGAUCAAAGUAAAUAUCAUAUUUAGGUUAUCCCUACAAAGAGGUCCAACUUAUAUUUUUUACAGAUCAAUUAAUUUCAACGACUUGAAAUACAAUAAACUGGAUUCCAGACGCCUGGCAAGUGGGCUUCGAUGGGUUAGAUUUCUUCAAUAUUAUAUUCCUAUCCUAUGAGAGGAAUACCAUAGCUACAAUAUUACACCAUUUCUCGGGGUAUUCUUUUGGGAAAAUUUCAUUAACACGUAUAUAUACACACCAUUACUUAACUCCUGUAUAUAUAGUCAAAGCUCAGUGGUCAAAACGCAGUUCCUAUACAGUUCGACAAGCGCAAUAUAGCUUUGUUCCUAGAGGCUUAUUCAAGUAUGUUAUCUGUAAUAGCAAGUAUUAUAAGCUCUGCUUUGGGCUUAGUGUUGAAUAAAGCUCGCACAACAGCAGCAGACAAGCUCAAAGACGGCGAUACCACAGAUGAGAAAUUGCGAGAUGUAAUCAACGAAGACUUGAACGAUAUCAAGGCAAAAAUCGAUGCACUCUCGCGAAAAGAUUUACUCGCAAGUUAUUGCUUUCUGAAAGAGGGUGUAGUUUCACUCAAUCUCGCACUCGAUGAAGUAAAAGACGAACAGACAAGUAAAGACGAUACAAACGGUGACCAAAAUGGCGGAAGUCAAACAACAGUAGCAACCACAAGAAACGAAAGCGAGUCUGGAGUUCUGAACGAAACCAUCGCUCUCUCACACGCCAUUCAGAAGCUAAACGACACAUCAAAUACUCGACUUGUUUCUGCAAAAGAACGUUUCAAAGCUGCACUCGAAGAAGCGACUCGAGCAUUCUGUAACGAAGCCUUGAGCUUGCCGGAUAGAAUCAUGGCGCUAAAACUACGUGUCGUCUCGAAGAUUUUGGAAUGUCUUCAAGACACAAAAGCAGCGGCCGCUGGUUGCAUGUUGUUCUUGGAAGAGCUUCAUGAUCUGCCAGCAAUCGGAGAAACAUUUUCCACAUAUUUCAAAGGAGGGAUAAAGUCAAGGUUGUACAAAGAUUCACGAUUAGAAAACGUGAAAUCUGUUCUCUCUUUGAACUUUGCUAUAUCAGAAUUUAUUGCGAGGUUUUCUGGUGAGAUACCUAAAGUCAGAAACUGGCCCAGAAUACACCUGUCUACCAGAGAGACGAUCCACCCGCUACUUCUUGAUGUUGAUGUUGUGAAGGAAAUUUUUGACAAGGAAGAAUUUCAACCGCCAGAAAAUCAAAUCACUUCAUGCCGAAAAUGUUUUUGCAAUUUCUGUAUAAAUAGCAAAGGGCAGCUUCUAGCUUUAUCGGAUUAUGGCACGCGUGUACGUGUUUUAAACAGAUCAGGCGAAACUAAAAAGUUUUGUCGAAUUAUCCCAACUACAGCAAACCUUAAACCUGACGAGAAUGGAACAAUGGCGUUGGUCAUCGAUCGUGACGAUAAGGUUUUCGUAAUCAAAACCUUUAAAGACCGUACCAGUGGGAAGUAUGUGUUUGUUCUGUUGGUUUUCGAUUCCAAUGGUAAUAGGCAAUACGAACGUGUGUUGCACUUCCUUGAACGUGACACAGCGAAACGGAUUAACUGUGUGAUAGACAACGAUGGUGGUAUUAUAAUCCACCUCUCGGAUGCCUUUGAUCUUUAUGUCUGCGACAACAACGGCAAUUUGAAAUCUACCUUGUCACUUGAGAAAUAUUCAAGUGGUGAUACACGGCACUUCUUCCGAUGUGCCAGUGUCACUAAUCAGAAUGAAAUAGUUAUGAGAAAAGGUGAGAAGGUGUUCGUUUACACGAAAGAGGGGAAGUUGAAGCGAACGAUAAUUGUGAAGAAAGGUAUUGGUGCGGUGACUGUUAACUAUGCUACAUCAAAUUUAGAAAUAAUGGAACACGAUGAAUCAUCCUUUGGAACAAGGCGGUCAUUCUGUAUUCGUAGUUACUCAGAGAAUGAUGAAGUUGAAUGUUUGUAUUUACCAACAAACGAAGAGUACUGGUCGAAGCAUUACUGCUCACAUCCUACCGGUCCUGCAGCGCUUGUAUACUCUAAUAAAAUGUACGAAAGAAAGAUAAUAUUCCUUUAAAUAAACGUGUCAUUACGAAGUUAAGUUCUGUGAUUACUGUGGUUUAUAAACGAUAGCUUGGUUUCCGUACCUCUAGGGUCGGUUCUUCAAAGCUGGAUUAGCGCUAACCCUGGAUUAAAAGUUAAUCCGCUGUUUUUAGUUUCUGUAUCUCUGCACGUUUAAUCUCGAUAAGAAAACUCUUAUUGAUCCACACAAGAUUUCUGAAGAAAUAUUUGCAAGUUCUUGAGAAGUUUUGCUUUGAAUUUUAGGUUAACCAGUUUUUGAACAACCGAGCCCAGAUGUCAAAAAUCUACUUGACUUCAUUGAACUUCUCAGACUGUAAAAUAAUUGUCAUAUUUACUUGGUUUUAAAACGAUUAUUUUAAUCCCUGCAUAUAUACUGUAUUGUAAAUAGUUUUUCUCAUAUUUUGGGCUUAACUUGACUUACACAUAAGGAGAAUUUUAUAUUAUGUAUAAUGAACAAAGUGUAAUUUGGUUUUUAACACAUUCUCAGGGUCUAGCUAGCCUGAAUAAAUAUAGAUUAAACAAACACACAAACACAAACACAAACACAAACACAAACACAAACACAAACACAAACACAAACAAAAAACAAUAUAUGCAUAUAGUGUAAUAGUGUAUAGUAUUUUGAAAUAAAAGCAAAUAUCAUAAAAUAAAAUGGAC